CCACUGCGGACGGACCAUGGCGUAUAACUACGGAGUGACUACCGCCCAUAUAAAUCCGACACUGCCAGAUUUGCCGACGAUCCCUGACGGUGCUCGCUGUCUUGAGUCUCUACAUACAGUGUUCACACCAUGGCUAUCAUUACUCCCCUCCUCUAUGCCCUCAGUCUGGGCCUGCCCGCCGUCCACGCUCUGACCCUACACGAGCGCGACUCCCCGGCUGUCAUCGGCUUCGAUGUCCAGCGUCGCUCGGUCCGCAACGCCAGCCCCGGAUGGCGAGACCGUCUCCGCCGACGCUCCUCCACCGUCAGCACUACCCUCUACAAUGAAGAAACCAUGUACCUCGCCAACAUCAGCAUCGGUACGCCCGCCCAGGACGUCGAGGUCGUCCUUGACACCGGCAGCAGUGAUCUCUGGGUCAACACUCCCACCUCCGACCUGUGUUCGGAGUCGACGGACGAGUGCGCCUACGGCACCUAUGACCCGGAUGACUCCUCCACCUACUCAUAUGUCUCCUCCGACUUCGACAUCACCUACGGUGACGGCUCCAGUGCCAGCGGAGACUACGCCAAUGACACCGUGCGCAUCGGCGGCAAAACCCUCAAGAAUUUCCGCCUGGGGAUCGGACUCAACUCAACCACCACCGAUAAUCUCCUUGGAAUCGGUUAUCCGCUCGACGAAGCUCAGGCCUCCACGGACGGCACAUAUCCCAACCUGCCCCGAGCCCUCGUCAAUGCCGGCUACAUCAAGUCGAGUGCCUACAGCCUGUGGCUCAACGACCUGGACUCCGGUUCGGGCUCCAUCCUGUUCGGCGGCGUCGACUCGGCCAAGUACAGCGGCACCCUCGAGACGCUGCCCGUGCAGAAAGUCGACGGCGAGUAUGCGGCCUUUGUCCUGGCCCUCACCGGCGUCGCCCUCAACUCCUCCGGCACCGUCCAGAAAUACUCGUCCUCCUCGCUGCCCCUCGGCGUCCUGCUCGACUCGGGCACCUCGCUGAUCUACCUGGCCGACGACCUGGUCGAGGACCUGUACACCAACCUCAGCGUCACCUACGAGUCCGAGGCCGGCGUUGGCUACGUCCCCUGCAGCCUGGCCGACGAGGACUACACCCUCGACUUCACCUUCUCCUCCCCCACCAUCCGCGUCGACAUCAGCGAACUCGUCCUCUACGACGGCGACAUCACCUACGACGACGGCACCCCAGCCUGUGUCUUUGGCAUUGCCCCCGGCGGCGACACCAGCAUCCUCGGUGACACCUUUCUGCGCAGCGCCUACGUCGUCUACGACCUCUCCAACAACGAGAUCUCCCUCGCCAACACAAAGUUCAACGUCACCGACAGCGAUAUCAAAGAGAUCGGCACCGGCACCACCGCCGUCCCGGGCGCCACCGCCGUCGCCAACCCCGUCACCACCCUGGCCAAGGGCGCCGAUGCCACCGAGCCUGUCGGUGUCGGGAGCAUCCCUUCUUCCACGGGCUCCGUCAAGGGAGCCGCCGUCGCCCUUCCCGUCCCUUGCAGUAUAGCUCUAGCAGCCUCCCUGCUGGCUCUCACCUUGGCUCUUUGAUCUUUUCUUUCAGAUACCAUUUUUGUUUUUUUUUGUACAUAGCCUGUCUC